AUGCGCCAGAAAAAUCAAUUACAUGACCCCUUCUUCGGUCUAAAAGGAUACGAUCCGCGCCCGACCUCAGUAGCGACUGAAUUUGUAGAUACCGAUUGGGACGAAGAGGACGAUAUCGUUAGCGAGAUAGAAGAUGACGACCCAGACUCACCACGAAUAAGUCUAAAUUCGUCGGGCCAGCCCAGUUUUACAACAGUAUCGUCAUACGAUGAAGUACAGACGCCUAGAUCGAGCAGAGCUCGCAAUGCGUUUCCGUUUAGCUUCGACUCGUCGAAGCCGGUGGAGGGACCGAGAGGACCGCAUCUAUUCCGAGCUUCGAUGACAACGUCAUUGAACUCGUUCGAAUACCAAGAAGCUCUCAGCCUAUCGCCAAUAACACCCAAGACAGCCAAACCAUUAGAGGCAGACCAUCGGUUUGCUCUUACUUACGAGCCGCCGCCACCUCGAUCUCGGAACAGCCCGUUCCAGUUCACGCACGAGAAAUUAGACCCGGGUAACCUAGCAAUGUGGACGCCGGAGAAGGUGGCGCAGUGGAUGCUCAAUGCUGGCAUUGAAGUCUCAAUUGCCGAGAAAUUCGUCGAAAACGACAUCAACGGGGCUAUCUUAAUUACGUUGAAGUUCGAAGAUCUACGAGAAUUGAAUAUCCAAUCUUUCGGAGUUCGGACUAAAGUAUGGGAGGAGAUCCACGUCCUGCGGGAUAGCAAAGCGGCUGCUGCUGCUGCUGCCGCUGCUGCUGCUGUAUCUUCGCCUAGACUCGACACCCCGAUAGAAGAGGAGGAGAGCAAGGAGGUGAGGAGGGAACGGAGAAGAGAACAGAGACCGGAAGAUGGGAGUGGGGAGCAGCAUCGUAGCCGAAGCGUCAAGCGUUCCAAGAGCCUCAAGCGAAGCCACAGCAAGAAAAAGCCUUCCCACGAAGAUAUCAUCUCCCCCUUAGAAUCGGUAUCUAUCGUCGGGAUCGAGCAGAUGAUGCCGAAGCCACAUCACUGCUCGAAAGGCGAAAACUGCUCCAAGUACAGGAGACAGCAGCGGAUGAUCGAAGCCUUCAAGAAAGACCACCCGUUCGUAGACGUCGAGCAGGGCGGCAUUAUCAUGGUCGCCGGGGACCCAGGAAACCCAGAGACCGCACCGGCCAUCAACCGUCCCUCGUCCACUGAGGCGUUACGGCCUAUGUCUGAUGCCGUGCCCUCAGUAGUCGCAUCGUCGGACGUUCUCGGCCCCGGCAUGCCCCCUUUCCAGUACCUGCAGGAAGCCGCCCUUCGCAAUCUUCAGACACGAGACCCCCUGGACAACGUGCGUCAGUUCCUCGACUUCCAACACCAGGACGACGGUGCGUGCUCCAGCGAAGUUCCGCCUACGCCUCCCUUCGAGAUAUUGCCGCGAGGGCCUCACGAGGGCUUGCGUGCUCUGCCUAAGCUUUCUAUCCCGGGACAACAGCAGCAGCAACAACAGCAACAACAGCCACCCCAGCGCCAAUCACCACAGUUACGUGUUGACGCCAAUCGGACACCGCAGCCCUCUCAGUACCACUACCCGCAACGGAUGGAGAGAGCCGAGGCUCUAUCCCCCGAUCUACACAACGCCCCUUACCGAUUCGGCACUCCCUUCUCAGACAUGGACGUGCCGUUGACGGCCGUACAACUAGGUCCCGUCGCCCGAGACGCAUCCCAAUCCGUCCCGCCUGACAUGAACUACCGCGCGGGCCCCGCAGCCCAAGGACCGCGGUCCCAAUCCCGAGCUUCGCGGCGCCCGUCCCUAGCGCCCGUAGAGGAGGACUCAAUCACCACACCCAUCGGCCGCAUCACCCCCCGAUUCCCUCACCACUCCAUCUCCCCCAAAUCCACGUCUCCCCCCAAAGUCCCCGCCCGCCCUCAACAGCCUCUCCAAGCCCCUCCCCGCGCGCAAUACCCCUGGUCACCCACCUCAUCGCGCGGCGCCUUCGAGCGCGCCCUCCCACCUCUCCACACCUCCUCCUCCGUCGGCGGCAUCGCCGGCCCCAGGUCCCCACCCGUCGUCAAGGACGCCGAGGGCAUCACUUACCAGGGCCCUGUCAAGAAGCGCAAGACGCGGAUGCUGCGACACGAAUGGCACGACCAAUACGCCACUCUAAAAGGCACGCGUCUCGCCCUGCACCGGGACGCCGCGACGCGGUCCCGCGCGCUCGAAUACAUCGACAUAGACGACUACGCAAUCGCGUGCUCCUCCCUGUCCACCGGCUCCAAGCUCAACGCCGCCUUCAAGGCCAUGAACAUCAGCCGGUCGAAGCACGGGCGCAGCCCCUCGGCCGCCGACUCGGACUCCGUCGCGGCGUUUAGCUUCCAGCUGAUACCGCAGGACAACGUGUCGAAGGGGGGCGGGAUGGGGGCGCGGCUGCGCAAGCGGGAGAGCCAGAGCAUUGGGUCCGGGCCGUUGAUGCCUGUUGCUGGGCCGGGGUUCGAGGGCGCGGCGAAUGGGACCGGGAAGACGCAUCAUUUCGCGGUGCGCAGCCGGGACGAGAGGAUUGAUUGGAUGCGCGAGCUUAUGCUUGCUAAGGCGCUGAGGCAGAAGGGGGAGGGGUUUGAGGUUAGCGUUAAUGGGAACAUGAUCUAG